ACCAGGCAUUAAGCGUCUUUCUGAGUUGAGGUUAUGUUUCUGUUACAUUAAACAAAAUACAUAAAUAAACGUUCAUGUAGUCGCCAAAUACAUAUAUUUUUGCCAUUUCAUUGAGUUAUUUUUGUAGACAAGCUACGGUAUUUUUCAAAUCAACAAAAUGUCAGGUGGCAUGCUUUAUGGAGGAGAUGAAAUUGGAGCUUUAGUAUUUGACUUAGGCCAUCAUUCUUUAAGAGUUGGUUAUGCUCAAGAAGAUACUCCUAAAGCUGAAAUUCCAGCAGUUGUAGGUGUAGGAGAAGAUGGCAAUUGUACAGCAACAAAAACAGAACCCAUGGAUAUUGAUGAUAAAAAACCAGAUAAUAACAUUACACAAUCUGGGACCAAAUACUAUAUUGACACUACUAUACUACAUGUUCCACGAAAAAAUAUGGAAGUUGUGAGUUAUAUGAAAGAUGGUAUGAUUGAAGAUUGGGAUCAUUUUGAAAAGGUUUUAGAUUAUACUUAUUCCAAAGUAAUUCAGUCAGAUGCAGAAUAUCAUCCAGUAUUGUUUUCUGAAUCACCAUGGAAUGUACGCAGUAAAAGAGAAAAAUUAACUGAAUUAAUGUUUGAGAAAUAUAAUGUGCCAGCUUAUUUUCUUGUUAAAAAUGCAGUUCUCGCUGCAUUUGCAAAUGGUAGAGCAACUGGUAUUGUUGUUGACAGUGGAGCAACACACACAUCUGCUGUGCCUGUACAAGAUGGUUUUGUAUUAACACAGGCAAUAGUUAAAUCUCCACUUGGCGGAGACUAUAUAAGCAUGCAGUGUAGACAAUUUCUUCAGCAGGACAAUGAUAUUGAUCUGUCUCCUUCUUAUAUGGUGGGUAGUAAAGAAGUUGUUAAAGAUCAUGAUAAACCACGAUGGGUAAAAAAGAAAGGUUUGCCUGAAGUGACUAAAUCCUGGCAUAAUUAUAUGGUAAAGAAACUUAUCCAAGAUUUCCAAGCUACAGUGUUACAAGUAUCUGAAACUCCAUACGAUGAAAAAAUAGUUUCUACAAUUCCUGCAGUUCAAUAUGAGUUUCCUACUGGAUAUCAUCAGGAUUUUGGAAGUGAAAGAUUUCGUAUGCCAGAGGCACUCUUUGAUCCUAGUAUGGUACAAAUGCGUGGUGGUAUGGUUGGUAAUACCAUGUUGGGAGUAGGUCACAUUGUAACAACUAGUGUAGGCAUGUGUGAUGUUGAUGUUAGACCGGCUCUUUAUGGAAGUGUUGUUGUUACUGGUGGCAAUUCAUUUAUUCAGGGUUUCCCAGAGCGUUUAAAUAGAGAUCUCUCUAUGAGAAUACCUUCUAGUAUGAGAUUGAAGUUGAUUAGUGUAAAUGGAUGUGCUGAACGACGAUUUGGAGCUUGGAUCGGUGGGUCUAUUUUAGCCUCGAUUGGUACUUUUCAACAAAUGUGGAUUUCAAGUCAGGAAUACGAAGAAAGCGGGAAGAGCCAAGUAGAACGAAAAUGUCCUUGAAUUAAAAAGUAACUUAUUUUCAUUCAUCUUCGUCUAAAUAAUAUCAUCAAUAUUUGUACAAACAUUUCCUUGAUGAUUAUUUUAUAAGUAAAUAGGUAUAAAAAAUUACAUUUAAACAAAUUAAAGUUAUAUAUAUAUACAGUGAGAAAUUCAACUUCUUUAAACAUUUGUUUAAAACAAGUGUGUUCUGAAUACUGACCUAAGCCAUGAAUAAGUAUAUUUUACUUAUACGUGAUACAGAAUAAUGACUUGUAAAAUAUGCAGUCAAA